UUGUAUUAUAAAUUAUUUUACUUUGAUUAUAAUUUAAGAGCAAUUUAAGAAAAUUUUACUUUUUAUAUUACUGUUAUUUCGUGUUACCUUAUGAUUACACUUUGAACAGUUUCAUUCAUCAUGAAAGUGGUAGAACUUCAUAUUGUUUAAGCGAAGAUCCAAACAAACCAUGUUUUGUGAUAAAAUUGAAAUCUGUUACAAUUAUGUUGGACUGCGGCUUGUCAGCGCACAGCGUUUUGAAUUUUUUACCUUUAUAUCCAAUACCAGACUGGAAGCCUAACAAAGCAGCUGCUUGGAUACCUAAGAAUUUCUCUGACCCACAGAUUGAAGGGGAGCUUAAUGAAUGUAUGGCGAAUCAAGUACUAGUGAAUUCUGCACCAGAAUUCAUGACACCGCUAACAAAGUUAGUUGAUUUUGCUGAUAUUGAUGUUAUAUUAGUAUCCAACUAUAUGACUAUGUUGGCUUUACCAUUUAUUACUGAAAACACUGGUUUUAAAGGUGUUGUCUACAUGACUGAACCAACUUUACACAUUGGAAAAUUAUUCCUUGAAGAGCUAGUAGAUUUUGUUGAACAAUCACCAAAACCUAAUGUAGCUAAAUAUUGGAAAGAAAUCUUACAUUUACUUCCACCACCGUUGUGUAACAGUUUUAAACCAUAUACAUGGAAACAGUUAUAUAGUCUUGCACAAGUUCAUUCUAGUUUAACAAGAGUGCAAAUGAUCAGUUAUGAUCAAAAAAUUGAAAUCACUGGUGCUUUGACUGUAACAGCUGUUAGUUCUGGUUAUUGCCUUGGUAGCAGUAAUUGGGUUAUAUAUUUGGAGAGUAAGAAAUUGGUUUAUGUCAGUAACACCUCAACAUUAACAACUCAUCCUAGACCAAUGGAUCAAGUGAACUUAAAAAAUGCUGACCUUAUGCUACUAAGUAGCUUAACACAAGCACCUGCUGCUAAUCCAGACUCUAUGCUUGGAGAACUUUGUCUAUCAGUUGCUGUUACACUUCGGAAUAAUGGCUCAGUCCUUAUCCCUUGUUAUCCAUCUGGUGUAGUUUAUGAUCUAUUUGAAUGUUUAUCAUCUCAUUUGGAGAGUACUGCUUUAGGACAAAUUCCUAUGUAUUUUAUUUCUCCAGUAGCUCAUAACUCUUUAGAGUAUUCCAACAUCCUUGCUGAAUGGCUAUCACAAUCUAAACAAAACAAAGUAUACUUUCCAGAAGAACCAUUUCCACAUGCACAAUUAGUCAAAUCUGGACGUUUAAAACAUUUUAAACAUGUGUAUACAGAUGACUUAUGGAAUGAUUUAAGACAACCUUGUGUGGUGUUUUGUGGUCAUCCAAGUUUAAGAUUUGGCGAUGUAGUACAUUUUGUAGAAUAUUGGGGUACAAAUCCUCUGAACACAAUUAUAUUUACAGAACCAGAAUUUCCAUAUUUAGAAGCUUUAGCUCCUUUUCAGCCAUUAGCUAUGAAGGCUAUGCAUUGCCCUAUUGAUACAAGUAUGAAUUUUACUCAAGCCAACAAAAUGAUUAAAGAUCUUAAACCAGCUGUACUAAUUCUUCCUGAGCGUUAUGCGUUUCCAACUAGCUAUAGUCAUAAAAAUGAAUUUGUUAUUGAUCAAACUGAUAGAAAAGUAUUAACUAUAAAAAGAGGAGAGGUAUUAUCAGAAAAACUUGAUAUUAAAACAGUUAAUGUACCAUUUUCCACAGAGAUGGUAGUAAGUGUCACACUAAACGAAUUACAAUCUGGAUUAAAGGCAUCCACAUUCACUGCUGUUUUAGACACUAAAGAUAAUAAAUAUAAAUUAGAUAUUUUGCGAGAUAACAUAUUAGAAAAUAAGUCAACUGAGCCUUAUCUAUUAGAAACAUUAUUUAAAAAAACCUAUGAAUAUGGACAACUUGAUAUUGAUAGAUUUCUACGAGCUCUAACAAAUGAAGGAGUGAGUGAUCCUAAAAUUGAACACAAUGCACAUGGAUACACAAUACAUCUUAAAUCAGAAGAUACAUUAAUCCAAGUUGAUGAUAAGUCUACUCACAUAUUUUGUGAAAAAAUGGACAAGAACUGGAGACUUAAACUUAGAACCAUUGUUAUGGACUGUCUUGAUUCUUUUUGAAUUAUAAUAAUUAUUUGAUAAGUAAUAUUCUCAUUUUAAAGACUGUUAUUUUCAUUAUUUACUAUAUG